GCCCCAACAACCCAACGGCGACUCGAUCUGCUUGCGCGUCCUACUGUCUCGCGCGCUGGAAAUACAAACUGAUAUUUACUGUCGACAUAUUCUUUAUCACCUCUGGGUUGCUGAAACAGAGCAGCUGCAACCUCAGCCAUGUCGGGAAUCUUCUCAUACUUCCUCGGAGGCGGCUCCCCCGCAUCAUCAGGAAAGCUGGAACCUAUCAAGAUACACAGCAUCGAGAAUAGCGAUGACAAGCGCGCAAAGUCUGCAAGCUAUCUCAUCAAGGCCAACCACGUCAAUCACUCUAUUCUUUACAACAACGGCAAAUUUCACAACCAUGCAUCGCAUCUCAUCAGCUCCGCCUACAUCCUCGGUGCAAGUGAAGAACAACUCCGCACCGUCUAUGAGGCUGAAGGCAAAGAGCUGGAGCCUUGGGUUCCUGCCCCUGCCGAGGUAAUUGACGAAGACUGGAGAGACUUCCUCGGAAAUUACGAGUAUCAGCGAGGAUUCAUUGAUUUCUUUGAGGACAAGCUCGUCGAUGCCGCCUAUGACUGGAAAAAGGUCGUGAGCGAAUGGUUGUUCUUGGGCAAAGAGCCCCUCUUCAAUGCACUGAUGUCUGGACUUGGUCAUCCGCUUAUCCACCUGGCAUAUGCGUUCGAGAUGGACAGCAAAGACGUUGCUAUGGAAGCUCUGGCAAUGGCAUGCUGCUGCUACAACUACAUGCACAAAUACUCAGACGAUGCCAAGUAUACAAGACCAUCCUCUAUUCCUAGCGCAUCCCCGUCUGAGCUUCUGAAAGCAAUAUCCACCGACGCUCGGUUUGACGCCGUGCCGAAGGACUUGGCAACCAGCGCGAGCUUGGCCGAUCUGCUAGCUGAUUUUGAGGAUCCAAUCAUGGAUUAUUGGAAUGCGUGGGAUUUUGAUGACCCUGUCAAGGCACUCGAACAUGCCCAAGAAGCAGCAGUGGAGGUUGUGAUUGGCUCGGCGAACCCCUCAACCAAAUCGGGGCCGUACAACUUCUACUACGCGCAUAUACUGACAAGCAGUCAUGCAAUGAGAGUCUUAUUGCCAUUGAUACCGGCGGAUCGACAGACCUCUAUGCUUCGCCAAUGGUGGUUAUUUACGAUUGCCGUCUACCUCUUCAGAAAUCGACCUGCAAUUGACUCGAACAAUAUCAACAAGAGUCUAGACGGCCGCGACUGGGCCUAUGUAGAGGAUAAAGCGAUCAAUUCCGAUCGAAUAACAGAGGCACAUUAUAUCAAAGUUGUUCGAACAUUGAAAGAGGCAGAGAAGACGUGGGGAUCUAAAGACAACUUUUACUUGCUUGCGGCGUGUACCUUUGUUGAUAACUAUCAUUUUUGGACCUAUUCAUAAGACUGUCAUAAUUAAUCAAACAUUGUCUAUUUUGGAUCAGAG